CCGCACGGCAGAUUAUGGACGGCCAUUGGGGCUCAGUAGGUGUCGUUGCAUUGUCACCGGACAGCAAGAUACUAACAUCUGGCUCCAUUGAUGAAACAGUCAAGCUCUGGGAUGCCACUACUGGAACAUUGCUACAGACUUUAGAGGGUCAUUUGGAUUUUAUUUGGGCCAUUACCUUCUCGCCAGGUGGUCGGUUUCUUGUAUCAGGCUCCAAUGACGGCACAAUUAAACUCUGGGAUACUAGUACUGGAACCCUGCAACACACCCUGGAUGGUAAUUCAGGGGCAGUCAGGGCUGUAGCAUUCUCACCUGACUGUCAACUGCUGGCAUCAGAUUCCAUUAAUAACAUAGUCAAGAUCUGGGAUCCUAUCACUGGGGCCGUGAAACAAAAUCUGUCAGUCGAAGAAGUUGUCACUGAUAUAGGAUUUUCAAAUCGCGGUGCUUUCCUAGAAAUGAACAUUGGUCAGCUAAGUAUUUAAUUCUCACCUAACAAUCGCACCUCUGUUGU